AUGGCGUCCCACAACAGGGUGUUGAUGCUCGGCGCUGGUUUCGUCACGAGACCGACCCUUGAUAUCCUAUCCGAGUCCGGCAUCCCCGUGACCGUCGCCUGCAGAACUCUCGAGUCCGCCAAGUCCCUCUCGGCCGGCGUCAAGAAUGCCACUCCCAUCUCCCUCGACGUUACCGACGACCAAGCUCUGGAUGCCGAGGUUGCGAAGCACGACCUCGUCAUCAGCUUGAUUCCUUACACCUUCCACGCUACCGUCAUCAAGUCCGCCAUCAGACAGAAGAAGCAUGUUGUCACCACAAGCUACGUCUCACCGGCGAUGCUUGAGCUCGACCAACAGUGCAAGGAUGCUGGUAUUACCGUCAUGAACGAGAUUGGUCUUGACCCUGGUAUUGAUCACUUGUACGCCGUCAAGACCAUUGAGGAGGUUCACAGCGCCGGAGGCAAGGUCAAGAGCUUCUUGUCGUAUUGCGGUGGUCUUCCCGCCCCGGAGGCUUCAGACAACCCCUUGGGUUACAAGUUCUCUUGGUCGCCCCGCGGUGUCCUGCUAGCCUUGAGAAAUGCCGCCAAGUACUGGAAGGAUGGCAAGGUUGUUGAGGUUGAGGGUCCAGAGUUGAUGGCUACUGCUAAGCCUUACUUCAUCUACCCCGGCUAUGCCUUCGUUGCAUACCCUAACCGAGAUUCUACACCUUACAAGGAGAGAUAUAACAUUCCCGAGGCCGACACUAUCAUCCGUGGAACUCUCAGGUACCAAGGUUUCCCCGAGUUCAUCAAGACUCUGGUUGAUAUUGGUUUCCUCGACGACAACGAGCAAGACAUCCUCAAGCAGUCUGUCUCUUGGAAGGAGGCCACUAAGGCUGUUCUGGGCGUUUCAUCCAGCAGCCAGUCCGACUUGGAGGCGUCUGUUCUGUCCAAGGCCAAGUUCGCUUCAGAGGAGGAGAAGCAGAGAAUCCUCGGUGGACUGCGAUGGAUCGGUAUCUUCUCCGAUGAGAAGACCAUUCCCCGCGGCAACCCGCUCGACACGCUGUGCGCGACUCUUGAGAAGAAGAUGCAAUUCGAGGAGAACGAGAGAGAUCUUGUGAUGCUACAGCACAAGUUCGAAAUUGAGCACAAGGACGGCAGCCACGAGACUAGAACAUCGACCCUGGUCGAGUACGGUGAGCCUAAAGGCUACAGUGCCAUGGCUCGUCUUGUUGGUGUGCCAUGCGCUGUUGCAGUCAAGCAGGUGCUCAACGGAACCCUGUCCGAGAAGGGUGUCCUGGCUCCUAUGGGUUCCAAGAUCAACGACCCAAUCAUGAAGGAACUGAAGGAGAAGUACGGCAUUUACUGUACCGAGAAGACGAUCUCAUAG